UUUGAUUGCUAGAGAAUGAAAGAUUUUCUAUUUUGUACAUACACUGUUUUGUAUAUACUGUAUAUGAUGACUUCGGUGGGCAAUGAACGUACCCGGGGCACUCGGGACAAAAUGCAAAUUUCAACCACACAGCCAACGCAACCACAGAAACAAGUAGUACAGGCAACAGCAGAACAGAUUCGCCUUGCUCAGAUGAUCUAUGAUAAGAACGAUGCAGAUUUUGAAGAUAAAGUGAAACAACUUAUGGAAGUGACGGGGAAAAACCAGGAUGAGUGCAUAGUGGCACUACACGACUGCAAUGGGGAUGUGAACAGAGCAAUCAACAUACUGCUGGAAGGAAGUUCAGACACAACCUCCUGGGAAACUGUAGGGGGAAAGAAGAAAAGUCUUGGAAAGGAAUCUUUAGAAAACAAAGAAAACAGAGAAAAACGAGGGGACAGAGAAGUGAGUCGCGGACGGGGAAGUUCCAGCCGACGAGGAAGAGGAGGCAGCCGUGGCCGAGAGUUUAGAGCUGAAGAGAACGGAGUGGACAACAAUCAAGGAGACAGGCCUUCGGACCGCGGGAAACGUGGCCGUGGGAGAGGGUUUGGACGUGGCAGAGGGAAAGGAGCGGGGAGGUUUUCAGCCCAAGGCAUGGGGACAUUUAACCCUGCAGACUAUAAGGAGUCGUCUGCCACAGAUGGCUUUGGGACAAAAUCAGAGAUUUGGGAGACUGGUCAGAAUGAUGCAGAUGAUGGAACUGGAGCAUGGAAAAACUCUAUAGAAGAAUGGACAGCAGAAGACUGGAAUGAAGAUCUUUCUGAGACAAAAGUCUUCACAGCUUCCUUUGUUCCAGUUGAGAAUCAUGUGACCCCCGGGCAAAGCAUUGAUUUGGUAUCACUGCUUCAGAAACCUAUGAUGUCUGCCUCAGAGACAGAAGGCAACUCAUUCGAGGCUGCACAGCAGCAAAACUUUGGCCAAGCCCUGGUCUUCACAAAUUCUCAGCACAGCACCAAAAUUGCAUCAGGAACUGGCAGCUCCAGUGGUGUAAACUCCUAUUCUCCUCAAAGUCUGUCUGCAGUUCUUUGUUCUGGCUUUGGAGAACUCGGAUCCUCUAAACUGGCCAACUCUACGGGAUCUCAAAUCUUGGACCAGCUGAAGUCUACAGGGUUGGGUCAGUUUACGUCCCAACAAAACAAUAAUAGCUCUGCCACCACUACCAUAACAACCGUAUCAUCCUGGGAUCUAAAACCACCCAUUACUCAGUCCUCAGUUCUUAGUCAGUUUGACUUUAAAUCCCAGCCUGAACCAUCCCCAGUUCUGAGCCAGCUGACCCAGCGACAACAACAACAAACACAGACAGUUCCUGUUCCUCCUCCUGGGCUGGAGUCCUUCUCCUCCCAGGUAAAACUCCGAGAGCCAUCACCAGUAGACACCUCUACAGCUGUUAGCAAAAUCUUACAGCUUCCCACUAUAUCUAUGGAUAACCAGGCAGUGACUGCCCAUCAAACCCAGCAGAAACAAAUAAAGCCAACAAAACGGAAGAUAACUCCAGUAUCCAAGAUUCCUUCCUCUGCAGUGGAGAUGCCUGGAUCAGCAGAUGUGACAGGUUUAAAUGUUCAGUUUGGAGCUCUGGAGUUUGGAUCAGAGCCUGCACUCCCAGAGUUUGGAUCAGCUUCCAGCAGUGAGAAUACCAGCCAAGUGACCAACAAUAGCUUGUACUCAAAAUCUGUAAAGUACGUUGAUCCUUUGAAUACCUCUUUGACAAUAUCCAAUACAGUACAGGAGUCCACCUUCACAAACUCUGCCAUCUCCUCUUCUAGCCUGCCCUGCUCAUCCCAGAGCACUAGCCCAGUAACAACAACUUCCUCCUAUGACCAGGCUUCUGUGCAUAGUAGGAUAGCAUACCAAAGUUCCAUGGUUCCACCUGAAUCAACGCCUGUUGCAGUUACGAAUGGGCACAGUGGUAUUAGAACGCAGGCAACUCUUGACCCUACUUCAUCAAUUCCAGCGCCUAAGACAGAGCCUUCUCCCUCACUACCUUCUGCUGGUUCUCUGCCUAAUGUGGUAUCCACCACUGCUUCACUUCUGCCUUCAGCAUCGCAGCACGCAGCAGCGCUGCCCACCCUGCCCCAGUCCAGCGAUUUGGCCAGCAGCUCACUUUCCCAGCUAAGCAGCUCACUUUCCAAUCAUCAGAGCAGCCUCUCCCCUGCCUCAGUAUUGUCUUCAAGCACAUCACAUGCACACACUAGUGUUGAGAACGCAACUUCGCUCCAGCCCUCCACAACCUUUUCAGCUGCUUCAACCUCAGCCACUAGCACCACCUCUUCUGUUGUCAGCAUGGCAAGCAGUAUGAACACUACAAACAGCCUUGGCCUGAGUGUUACAAGUGUGUCUAUACCAGCUGCUACCACGCGGGCAGCUCCCUUAGUGUCUUCAGGCAAAGCUCCCCCAAACCUGCCACAGGGUGUACCACCCUUGUUGCAUAACCAGUAUAUUGUGGGACCUGGAGGACUUCUGCCUGCCUACCCACAGAUUUAUGGUUAUGAUGAUCUCCAGAUGCUUCAGUCCAGGCUGCCAAUGGAUUACUAUGGAAUUACAUUCCCUGCUCCUGCAACCUUGACGGGCAGAGAAGGGAGCCUUGCUAGCAACCCGUACUCAGGUGAUGUUACAAAAUUUGGCCGUGGGGAUUCCGCCUCCCCUGCUCCUGCUACCACGCUUGCCCAGCCGCAGCAGAACCAGACGCAGAGUCACCAUACGACUCAGCAGCCCUUCCUCAACCCGACCCUGCCCCCAGGGUACAGCUACACUGGGUUACCUUAUUACGCUGGUGUGCCUGGCGUACCCAGUGCAUUCCAGUAUGGGCCAACCAUGUUUGUACCUCCAGCAUCUGCUAAACAGCAUGGAGUCAACCUGAACACUGCCUCGACUCCUUUCCAGCAAGCGAGUGGCUACGGGCAACACGGCUAUGGUGCAGGCUAUGAUGACUUAACGCAGGGAACGGCAGCUGGAGAUUACAGCAAAGGAGGCUACAGUGGGUCAUCUCAAGCACAAAACAAAUCUGCUGGCACUGGACCUGGGAAAGGUGUUUCUGUGACCUCAACUAACACAGGUGUGCCUGAUAUCAGUGGCUCAGUCUAUAACAAGACUCAGACGUUUGACAAGCAGGGAUUCCAUGCUGGCACGCCACCUCCUUUCAGCCUGCCCUCUGCUCUCGGAUCGACUGGGCCCUUGAAUCCUGGUGCUGCCCCGGGUUAUGCUCCAGCCCCAUUCCUCCAUAUCCUGCCUGCGCAUCAGCAGCCUCAUUCCCAGAUGCUGCAUCACCAUCUUCAGCAGGAUGGGCAGGGUGGAUCUGGCCAACGCAACCAGCCCAGCACCAUGCAGCAAAAGUCUCAGGCUACCAAAACCGCCUAUGGCACUUCUCCAUACUGGACAAACUAAAUCGAAACCAGGGAGGAGGGAGACGAUGAAAGGAGAGGAGGAGAAAAACAAAACAAAACAAAAGAGAAGAAGAAACAAAGUCGAAGCUCGUUCCUGGAAUGAUUAGGAGAAGUAACUGCUCAGCCAAAUGUCUUUGCGGGGAGAACUGCAGCCAGCCAUCUUCUGUGUGACUCGCCCGCUUCCUCUUUGAGUUGCUGUUGUAUGUAAUAUAUUUAUGUAUGUAUUUGUAAAUGUAAUAGAGCCUAAAUGUGGUUUUCUGCAUCUUGCAGACUUUUAAUUUUCUUUGUAGGGAAAGUAAUUAUUCAUUUUCCAUCUGUGCCAGGGCAUCCUUCCUUGGUUUGUUUUUUUUUUUUUUUUUGAAGCUCUUCGGGCUUUUUAACUCUGUCAAUUUUUAACUUUGUGCCAUUUUCUUUUUUUUAUUUGGAGCUGGAGCCCAUUUAUUUAAUGCAGUUCUAAAUUUGGGCAAAGAAGGAGACCUGUCCUGUCCACCCCCUACCCCCCCAAAAAAAAGAAGAGUCAAGAUGUGUAUUUUUAUUUUAUUUUUGCUCCCAGCCCCCAGUGUAGUGUUUCUUUAAAGAGGAAAAAGAAAGAAAGAAAAGUUUUGUGGAUCUUCCCCUCUCUCUUAUCUCCCCCUUCCCUCUGGCUGUGGAAGGUGAACUCUCAUUGGCAUUUUGGUCACUGCGACCCUGAGCUGCAGCCUUGAGCUGCAGCCUCACCUUUUUAUUUUCAAUUUUUGAAUAAUUAAAAAAAAAAAAAAAAGAAGACAGGGUUUUCUUUUUUUGUUGGUGUUUUUAUUUUUCUUUUAGUUUGUUCCUCUAGCAAGAGACUUCGGAUGGCUCAGUGUGUCCUGGAACCUCCUUUGCAUCAUUAGAGGCAAAAACUAUGUAGCAGUUUCUUAAAAGUAUAAGCUGUGUCUUGUACCUCUUUUUGCCCUGAGCCACCCUGCCCAGGAAAGGCAGAGCUACUGGAUGGAAACUUCACCUGUCCUUCCCCACUUUUUUUUUUUUUUUUUU